UAUUUGCUUUCUAAUGCUUACUUGGCCGCAUCAUUUGGAGUAGCUGGUGAGUCAGUUGUUGAUAUAUCAUCACAUUGUUAAUUAAUUUUUGUAAAGGAGGGACGUCAGGGAAUCUUGGCAUCAAAUCUCGGAGAAAAUCAAAGAUCUCAAACCCUAACAGCCGUAUCUCUUUCUUUACCAUUAUCUCACCAACCCUACCCUCCUCCACUAAUCGCUUCCAUAAUUAAGAAAGCUUUCCAUCAAUCCGGAAGAAGAAGAAGGCUUCGAUCGAAUAUUGUAUAUCCAACAUGUUCUCUUUACAACACGGCGAUGAGCUGGUGUUCCAGAUCUCCAAAAUCGAACAAGAUCUGAUAUCGGCCCGGGCGUCUCUGGACAGCACUCAUCUGAUUAGCACCCCUCAAGCAGGAAAAAAGAAGAGAAAGAAAUCAUACAGUAAUCCACAAAAGGACAAGUACGAGAAUAAUAACGAGAAGAAAAUGAUCGCACAUAGAGACGUGGAAAGGCAGAGAAGGCAGGAAAUGGCUAAGCUUUAUGCGUCGUUGAGGUCUUUGCUCCCUGCUGAAUAUGUCAAGGGAAAGCGUUCGGUAUGCGAUCACAUGAAUGAGUCCGUGAAUUACAUCAAGCAGUUGCAGGAGAAUAUCGAGCAACUGAGUAUGAAGAGAGAUAACUUGAAGAAUAUGUUUGAUUCCAUUGGUAACAAUACCGAGGCGACCAGAAGCUCGGAAAAUUGUUUUCCCGGUAGGGUUACGGUCGGCUUGUGCUGGGGCGGUGUAGAGAUUUUGAUCAGUACUAGUACUGGGUCUGAAGACGAAGGGUUCCCCAUAUCAAGAGUGCUUGAAAUUCUGGUUGAAGAAGGGCUUGAUGUUGUUAGCUGUGUUUCCACUCAGAUAAACAAGAAGUUACUUCACGUGAUUAAAUCCGAGGUCAGUGAUCCGACAUGCGUUGAUCUAUCCAUGCUGGAAGAAAAACUGGCUGAUGUUAUAAAUGGAAAUUAGGAUCUAAGUAUUUGAAGUUCAUGUUUGGGCCAUUGUUACGACUAUAUCAGUGAUCUGACCUUCCAGUGUAAGCAUUGAAUCAGAAUUUUGUUAAUGUCCAAAUCAGGGUUUUAAAUCA